CUAAAGCCACUUGACAGUGUCAGAGAAGACCUAAAGUACAAAAUUCAUCUGACAAUACAUUGAUGAGUCACUGUACCAAAUAGAUAUGGACUUGUGGAUCACCAUACCAAAAAGGUUGAGAACCACUGAUGUAGGAGAGCAACAGGCCAGGGCCAUUCUUGUCUGGCCUCAUCUGGAGCUGGUUGCUGGGAAGACACAGAGGCCCGAUUCACUCUCUGUGCUGAGUCCAAAGCUAUGGCUUUUCUCCCCACCACUCCCAGGCACCUAAUGGGAGAGCAAGAUCGGUUGGACUGUUAAAGCUGCAAGACAUCUCAUGCUCAGCCUGUAUAUAUGUGUAAAUAAAACCAUACGUCACAGUCUCCAGUGACCUUCUUUCCAAGGAAACCAAACCAAAGGUAUGGGAUGGUGUAUCAGUCUCUUUGGUUCUAUGAGGCUACUUAAUAAACAAAUAAUGCAAACACAAUUACAGUCUUGUAAACAUCUGAAAGUUUAGAUCAGCUAGCAAAAAUAACAAUAACAAUACAACAUAUCCCACCAGAACAUAGCAUAUAUAUCCAGAAUAUAAUAAUUCCCAAAGUUCCAUGCAUCCAACAAGGCACCAGCACAAGCGCUGCUUGCAGAAAAGUCCAGGACAGGAAGAUCAGGGGUUCCCAUACAGAAAACCUUAAAGCCCUAAAUAAAAUACAAGAUAGAUGCAUAAAGCCACUAAAAGGAAUUUACUCUUCCAUUCCCUCCUGCACACAUAAAAUAAAAUCCCAUUACCGGACUUCCGGGAAGGGUGACUUCACUUGUGCCUGCUUUUGAGACGGGCUCCCGCCUCAAAAGAAGCUUAUUCAGAUAUAAAUCAGUCAGAACAUUUUUUUUUGACAGAUGAAAUUUCUCCCAGGCAGGGAGAAACGUAGAGAUCAACCUCAAAAGCCUGUUUUCGUUGGGAGGACUGGAUUUCAUUAAUUUAUGAGAAAAGGUCCAGCCAGCAAUGCCGGACGGACUUCCGAACAAGCUCUAUCUGAUUAAUGCGAUACGUUUAUCUUUUCUUCAAAGAGAAAACGGACUAACAGGCAAGCACCCUUCUUUCUAUUAUUUUUUUUACUUGGUUUAAAUUGUUGCAGCAAAAAGAGAUUUGUCAAAUGAAUCAGCUUUAAAGAACUUCUGGGUGAGCUAUAACUCUUCUCUGUUAUUCACGAAAUUAACAGCUUAUCUCAGUUUCUAUUGCAAAAAGCUGUCCUGGAAGUGCAUUCUAAAGAUAUAAACAGAAGAGGGAUUUCUAUUCCGAGGAACAUUAUAUUGUCUGGGACUGUUCUCUUUUUGGUCUAUUUUAUUUUGACGAAUCUGCUUCUUCACGACGCCACUAACUGUUUUGAUGCUGGGAACUAAAUUUGUUUUGUGUUCUUGAACAUAGAGAGAUAAGGCAGGCUGCUCUGUUUAUACUGUGAUGUCAUCAAGCCUGGAAUAUUAACCCAAUUGUUGCUGAAAUAAGAAGUGGUUCUUCUUUAUUUUUGUUUUGUUUUGUUUUCGUGGUUUUAAAAAUGGUAAUCAAGAAAGUGGCUGAGAAUCUGGAAGUAAUUAUGUUUCAGAAAAUAAUGGAUGAGAUUGAGAUAACGAAACAAACCCUGCGACAGGGCAGUAAGGAGCUGAAAAUUGAACUGAGCAAAAUGACGCAGGAGCUUAAAGAAAUAGGGGAUCCUGUGAGAGAGGAGAAUGAGAUCAGAGAUGAGAAAAGAAAAAAUAAAGGGAAGAUACAAGCCCUGGAGAUUGGAACAAAUGUGGAAUUGGAAAAAGAUCUGGAGUUUAUGGAUUUUAGAAAUAAAAUCUACUGUUUGGAAUUUAACGUUAUCUCUGAAGAAAUUAAUGAAGAUAUUAGAGAUAAAAUUAUCAAUGGCUUGGAUAAUCUUCUGGACUGGAAUGACGUGAUGGAGCUUGAUAUAGAGAAAAUCUAUGGAAUUAACUGCAGUCAUGUGACAAUGGAAAAACUCUUAAGAGAUGAGCCAGUGCAUUUUCUAAAAAAGAAGAACACAGAUAUGACUUUACAACAAUAUUUCAGCAACUUAUUCAGAAUUGAUGGCAAGAAAAUAUUUGGGAUAGAGGAAAUUCCCAUCAAACUCUUAUUAUAUGACUAUGGCUAUGACAGCAAGAUUAUUAUGGAAUACUGAUAAUGGAAGAUUGGACACUGAAAUUACUGGACUUAACAGGACUAUUGAAGAUGGAAGAUGGAAUUAAUAUGGAUAAUGGAAUAAUGGCUAUUGAAAUUAUUGGACCUAACAGAUUUUGAUGAGAUGGAUUAAUCGAUAUGUUUAUUUGGACUAUGGUUAUGACAAUAAGAUUAUU